AUGAAGUCUAUGGAUGCGGAUAGCACGAACUCUGCAUUGAGUGAAGUGUUUCAGAUCUGGGGACUGCCAAUCGUUAUGCAGAGCGACAACGGGCCGCCGUUCCAAAGCACAGCUUUCGUCGAUUUCUGGAAGGACAAAGGGAUUGAAAUACGCAAAGCUAUACCUCUAAGUCCGCAGUCCAACGGAGCCGUCGAAAGGCAGAACCAGGGAAUCCUAAAAGCUCUGUCUGCCUCCCGACUUGAUGGUAGAAAUUGGCGGGUUGCGCUUCAAGAGUACGUCCACCGACACAAUACGCUGGUCCCACACUCACGGCUGUUGGUAACCCCUUUCGAAUUAAUGGUAGGGUGGAAACAUCGGGGCACGUUCCCAAGCUUGUGGGAUGGUUCAUCGAACGAGGAGCUUGAUCGUACGGAGGUUCGUGAUCGAGACGCGGAAGCAAAACUUGCGAGUAAAGUAUAUGCGGAUUCGGUGCGUGGUGCCAAAGACUCCGACAUCAAAAUCGGUGACGUGGUUUUGCUUGCCCAACAAAAACGGUCGAAAACGGAUCCGACAUUUUCAGCGGAACGCUUCAGAGUUGUGGCUAAAGAGGGGUCAAAAGUUGUUAUCAUGAGUAAAGCAGGUGUGCAAUAUGCAAGAAAUAUUCGGGAAAUCAAAAAAGCACCUGAUUGCGGGUCGAAUGGAGUUUCAGUGGAGGUGAUGGAAUCCCAAGGAAAUCUCAACGGAACUUCAAUACUUGAGAAUGCCGCUGGAGAGUCAGGGAACGAUUCAGUUUUGGAUCAGCCAGUCAAGGAGUCACGAUCGCUUCGCAAGAGAGAUUUGAUAAAACGUCCUGCCCGGCUGGAUGACAAUUUCGUGUACCGUGUGUUCCACUAG